GUCUGAGCCGUCCAGUCAGAGGAGCAGUGGCUUUUAUCUCCACACUGAACUUUGGACUUUUGACUUGAUUUUUUGGCUGUUUCAGUAUCUAUAAGAUAUUCAAUUUUGAGAGAAUAGAAGUUAAUAGGCUGUGUCUUGAAUUCUUCAACUAAAAGGAGGGAAAAAAAACAUUCAUUUCACUAUAAGGAAGUGAUACGUUACCAAUAAUAGGAAGUAGAUGCUGUAUCUCUGUUAAAGAAGUACUCGAACAGACACGUCGACCGUUCAGAGCAACAAGAUGGUUGAAUUCAAAUGGAUUAAAAUAUCUUUAUUUCUGAUUGUGCUGCUUCAGUUUAGAGCAGCAGUAACAGGACAAGAUUCCUACAUCAUUGUCAGAGAUGGAGAUAGUGUCACUUUGCCUUGUAAAAAUGUGAUAAAAGGUCAGGACAAAUGUAACAGCACUACCUGGUUAUACAGUAGAUUAGAAAGUUCACCAGUAGUAGAGCUUAUUAACCUUGGAAAUAUUACUAACGAUGCCAAAACUAAAUCAGACAGACUGAGUGUUACAGCGGACUGUUCUCUGGUUAUAAAGAAGGUCACAGUUGAUGAUGUUGGUCGUUACACCUGCAGACAGUACGACAGAUCAGGAAAACAACAAGGUCCAGACGCUAGGGUUCAUCUGUCUAUUAUUAACAUUUAUGAACAGAAGGAUGCUGAUGAUACAAUGACAUUAACCUGCUCUGUGUUGAAUUAUGGACAAUGUAAACACACAGUGGAGUGGCUGUAUGAGGGUAUUACAGAUAAACUGAAGGAAACAAAAGGUUCCUGCUCAGCCACUGUGACAUUUAAGACUUCCAGUGUUCUUGAUCAGAAGUUAUUUAAGUGUAAAGUGACUGAAAGUAACGGCGAGACACGGCUGUGUAACUUCACCCCUCGGACCUCAUGUGAGAAACAGGGCAAAUCAACGGAAACAGAAACCACGACAAAAGUGGACAACAACAACAACACGUCUGCAAACAACAUUGGUGAUCCAGAAAAAACACUCGAGUGGUGGUGGUUCCUUCUAGGGGCGGUGGGUUUAGGCAUCCUCUUAAUAAUUGUCGUGGUAGUCGUAAGACAGAGGAGGAAACCUAAAGGGAACAAAACAAAGAUGGAUGACGGCACUGUCGAUGCUGGAGAUGUUUCCUACGCCUCCGUCAGCUACACCAAGAAGAAUGACAGUAAACCCCGGACUCACGGUGAUGAUGAUGAUGAAGGUGAUGCAGUGACCUACAGCACUGUGAAAGCUUCCUCCUCUUCUGCCGGGGCCUCCACUGAUCCCAGCAGCCUCUACGCUACUGUCAACUAACCCAACCAAUAAGAGACCACAGUAUUGUUACAGUCCAUAUCAGUAUCAUAGAUUUCAUUAGAGUUGUACUUUACUGUGUUAUUGAUGUGUAUUGAUCCCCAUGGAAAAAAAUAGUGUCAUAAUCCUACAGAGCAUUUAUAUUAAUUUAUAUGUUUGUAUAUAGUCACAAUGCUGUUUCAUUUCUUCUAUGAACAUGUGAUCUCUGUUUCCCUCUUAUAAUUAUUUAAAUAAUCAUUUUCCAGGCAGUAUUGUUACUUAACAGUUUUUAAAAAAAGUUGUAAUAAGCCGACUGUCCACCAGGAUGCUUAACUUUAAUUAAGUGCUCAAACAAUAGAUGAUACCUCUCAGGGUUUCUGGCUCAGUUAACUCAGGGUAACUCAGGUUUAAAGAGGGAUUGGUCAUGUAGUUAUGAAUGUGUUUUGUGUGGUUUUCUAUGUAAUUACUGGUUGAGUUUUGUGAAAGUUUUGGCUGUAAAUAUGUGCCUUGUUCCUAAAAACAACAAACGUUAAAUUAAUAAAAUUGUGCUUGU